AUGGCGUCUUACGAUGGCCUUGUGUCUACCUUCUUAUGGGCAAUCUUUGUCGUUCAAGCAAUCGAAUUCGGUCAUUCCAAUGCUUCGACCAAUGUAAGCUGUAUUGGUGCAGAGAGAGAAGCUCUCCUGAAGUUCAAGCAUGGUCUCACUGAUCCUUUGAAACGCCUAUCGUCGUGGACCGGAGAGGAAUGUUGCAAUUGGGGAGGAGUCAAAUGCGAUAAGAAGAUUGGCCAUAUCCUACAGCUCGAUCUUCGUAAUCCAUGCGCUGAAGAUGCCAACGCUGAAGAUGCCAACGUUGAUAUUUCCGCACCUUCAGAUAAGUGCAAGCUGGGAGGUAACAUAGUACCUUCUUUAGGUGAAUUGAAGUAUCUAGAGUUCCUGGACCUUAGUAUCAACAACUUUUCAACCCGAAAAUUUCCAACAUUCUUUGCUUCUCUUCAGAAACUAGAGUACCUUUAUCUUUCAGGUAACUUGAUUUCUGGUUCUAUUCCUUCUAGUUUGGGGGAGCUAUCAUCUCUAAGAGGGUUGGAUUUAAGCUAUAACAAAGUGAGCGGGACAAUUCCAGAGAGUAUCGGGCGACUGUCGAAUUUGAGGGAGCUCCACUUUGAGAAAAAUUUAUUGUAUGGAACUGUAAGCGAACUUCACUUUGAAAAUCUCAAAAACUUGAUCAUGUUAGACAUUUCCUCCAAUGAGCUUAUAUUAAAUGUGAGCUCUACCUGGGUUCCACCAUUCCAAGCUCUUGAGAUAGACUUGUCAGAUUGCAAAGUGGGACCUGAAUUUCCAAGAUGGCUUCAAACGCAGAGGAACCUCACCAAUUUGAUAAUGUCAAACGCAAGCAUGUCGGGCGAUAUUCGUGAUUGGCUCUACGAUAUUUCCUCUAACAUUGACUUUUUGGAUAUCUCAGUCAACAUGCUUAGAGGCCAAAUUCCCCAAGAUAUCGGAGACAAGAUGCCGCGGUUGACAACAUUGAGACUUUGGGGUAAUAAUCUCACUGGUGGCAUUCCGAGUUCUCUGUGCAAGUUGAAGCAGUUGGAUGAAAUUAAUCUCUCAAAGAAUCAACUAUCUGGGAGACUUCCUCGAUGUUGGAAAGCAUCGCAAAAUUUGGAAUGGUUUUUUCUGGAGGAUAACAAGUUAAAUGGUCAGAUUCCGAAAUCUUUGUGCCAUCUUCAACUAUUAAUGGGUCUUAGCCUACAAAGGAAUGGCUUCAGUGGAGUAAUCCCGAACUGUUUGUCAAGUCUACAGUUCAUGAUGAUCCUUGAUCUCAGCGACAAUCAAUUCACUGGUAGGUUACCUCCAUUCGGGAAACAUUCUCAGUCAUUGGUAGUGCUCAAUUUAGAGAAAAAUCACUUAGUUGGAGGCAUUCCUCCACAACUUUGCCAGCUUAGAGAUAUCCAAGUCUUGAGCCUAGCGCAAAAUAACAUUACUGGACCCAUUCCUAAUUGUUUUAUCUUUUCUGGGGGUAUUGGUCGGGCUUGGCCGCUGAUUACCGGUCUCGAUGUCAUGGUUAACACAAAGGGAACGAGCCAAAUAUAUGGAAAUGGGCUUGCAUACUUCUUCUCAAUCGACCUUUCUGCAAACAUGUUGGAUGGGCAGAUCCCAGAAGAGUUCACUAGGCUUCUCCAACUUGAAAAUCUGAACCUCUCUCAGAAUAAUUUGAGUGGACACAUCCCGUCAAAUAUUGGUGACUUGAAAAAUUUGGAAUCUCUUGAUCUUUCCAAAAACGAACUAUCAAGUGCCAUCCCUUCGGGCAUAUCCAGCAUGGACUUCCUUAGUCAUCUGAAUCUGUCCUUCAAUAGACUCUCCGGCCGUAUACCGUCCGGCAACCAUCUGCGUACCGUGGAUGACGAAUCUGUUUAUCGUGGCAACGACGGACUCUGUGGAGCUCCUCUUUCGAAGAUUUGUCCCGGAGACCAACCAGCCGGUACUGGCGGCGAUGCUUCGAGUGGAGAUAAGCCUAGCGAAGGCGAUGUGGAUAUCCACAAUUGGUUCUAUGCAGGAUUGGGACCAGGUUUUACGGUGGGAUUUCUGGGGUUCUGUAGCAUCUUGCACUUCAAGCGAUCUUGGAGGGUCUCUUACUUUCGAGCGAUGGAUGGGGCCAUCGAGAAAUUCUCAAUGACAACGAUGAUUGCCAUGCUUUGGUUCAAGAGAACAUUUCGACAAAGCGAAUAGCAGCUUAUGCAG